AUGACGCCUUUGUUCUUGGGUGGUAUCCGUCAGCAUGGUGGUCAUCACCACCAUGAUGCCGACCUUGUAAACUCUUUAAAAUCCUCUAGUGUAAGAGGAACACGCAUCACAAUUAUUGGUCUGGCUUCCAAUGUGGGUUUAACCGUGACAAAAGGUGUGGCAGGUUGGAUGAUGAAUUCUGCCUCUUUGCUAGCCGAAGCUUUUCAUUCUUUUAGCGAUUUAUUAAGCGAUUUUGUUACCCUGUAUACGUUUAAAAUGUCCAGAAAACCUGCGGACAGCAUUUAUCCGUAUGGAUAUGGAAAAUUCGAAACGGUGGGUUCGGUGACAGUCUCUUCCUUAUUAUUAGCAGGUGCCGUGGGUAUUGGAUUUCAUUCAUUUGAUCUCUUGAUUCAGACACUGCAAACAUCACCCUUGUUCGUGUCGGAUACCACGGCCACCGUGGCCGCUGUAGCAAGCACAAGCGUGGCAGAAUCUUCCCCUUCUGUUCUUGGAUCACAUGGUCAUGGUCAUGAUCAUGGUGGCGUUCUAGAUCCCAAUGCGGCUUGGUUUGCGUUAGCAAGUGUUGUUAUCAAGGAAUGGUUAUACAGAGCAACUAUCAAAGUCGGGGUUUCUGAAAGGAGCGAAGUAUUAAUUGCCAAUGCAUGGCAUCAUCGUUCAGAUGCAUAUUCAAGUGCUGUUGCCUUGGUAGCGAUUGUAGGUAGUUAUGCAGGUAUGCCGGUAUUGGAUCCAUUGGGUGGUAUUGUUGUAUCAAUGAUGCUUUGUAAAAGUAGUGUUCGAAUCUUGGGCACAUCGAUUCGAGAAUUAAUGGAUAAGGGAAUUACACCAGAGGAACUUAAUUCGAUCAAAUCAGCUAUUAGUAAAGUGAAGGACGAGGAGUUAGCCCUUAUCAACUUUCACUCGGUUCGAGGACGUAAGCAAGGACCAUUUAAUCAAGUUGAUUUAGUAUUACAACUGAGCCCUACAGUGACGAUGCAAAAAGCACAUCAGCUGGAGGAACAAGUACGAAACUCUGUUAGGGAAAAUUGUGACAAUAUUCAGAACAUUUUGAUUUAUUUGGAAGAUGCUGCUGCUGUACCGAAAAAAGACAAUCAUCAACAUCACCAACAUCAUCAUCAUCACCAUGAGUAGAUAUAUUACAACUGUUUAUUUAUUAUUGCUUCAUUUUUAUUAAUUUCUUGUUCGUUUUUUCUUUUCUCUUACAUUUCUUCUUUUAUAUACCAUUUACUUACAUUACAUAUUUUCAUUAUAUUUAUAUUAAAAGAAGGAAAGUAGACAUUUAGAGUAGAUUAUAUUUAUAUGGAGUUUAUUCGUUACUACUGCUGUUUUGAGGCUGAUUAUAUUUUUUUUUUUAAAAAAAAGAAAAAUGUGAAACAUUAAAGAA